AUGAAAGGUAUUAUGCGGAAACGAUUCAUUCAUGUUCACUAUCAUCGUGACUUGUUUCAAAAGUUACAGAAUCUGAAACAAAGCCAUAGGAGUGUGGAGGACUAUUAUAAAGAGAUGGAAGUGGCAAUGAUCCGAGUCAACAUUGAGAAGGAUCGUGAAGCAAAUAUGGCGAGAUUCCUUUCCGGACUUAAUCCCGAAAUUGCCAAUACCUUGGAAUUGUAUCAUUACAUCGAAAUGGAUGAGAUGGUGCAAAUGGCAAUGAAAAUUGAAAGGCAACUAAAGAGGAGAGACACAACUCGCAAUAUUGCACCUACAUCAUACAAAUGGAGUCCAAACAACAUCAAAAAGCCAACUCCUCCUCUUGUCAAAGAACAAGACGAAUCUUCAAAGAAUCGACAAGCAAACAAAGACUUCAACCGAGGAAAGCAAACUACUGAACGUUCAAGAGACAUUAGAUGCUUUAAAUGUCUUGGGAGGGGCCAUGUAUAUACACAAUUCCCUAACCGGAACACUAUGCUUUUACUUGGAAAUGCCAAAAUAGAAUCUGAAUCAGAGGAAGAACAAGAGGCACCUAUUGAAGUCAAUGAAGAAAUCACUCUUGCAGAUCCUGUUGAACAAGGAGAAGCUUUGGUAAUUAGAAGAAGUUUGAAUCUUCAAGCUUUAAGCACUCAAAUCAUAGAAGAUGACCAAAGAGAAAACAUUUUUCAUACUCGUUGUCAUGUAAACAACAAAGUUUGUUUCAUGAUCAUUGAUGGAGGAAGUUGUACGAACGUUGCAAGCACUCUUAUGGUGGAAAAACUUGGCCUAAAGACUUCUAAGCAUCCAAAUCCAUAUAAACUUCAAUGGCUAAAUGACGGUGGAGAAGUAAGAAUCACAAAGCAAGUUGUCAUUCCAUUUUCAAUUGGUAAAUAUCAAGAUGAAGUUCUAUGUGAUGUUGUACCAAUGGAUGCUGGACAUAUACUUUUGGGAAGACCAUGGCAAUUUGAUCGAAGAGCAAUCCAUGAUGGGUUUACCAACAGAUAUACUAUCCUUCAUAAUGAUAAGAAAUUCACUUUGACGCCACUAUCUCCUAGUCAAGUGAAUGAAGAUCAGAUUCAUUUGAAGAAAAGCAUGGAUUCAUUCAAAAACAAUGAAAAAGAGAUGACUAAAGCAUUGAACAUCUAUGCUGGAAGAAAGGAGAUUCGGAAACACUUGUUGUCACAUAAGGCUUUCAUUAUACUAAUGUACAAGGAAAGUCUACUUUUAACUAAUCUCCAAGAAGGUUUGCCUUCUUCUAUUGUUUCUCUUUUACAGGAAUUUAAAGCCAUGUUUCCAGAAGAUAUACCAAGAGGACUUCCACCCCUUCGAGGAAUUGAACAUCAAAUCGAUUUCAUUCCCAGUGCAACUAUCCCAAACAAACCAGCCUAUAGAAGUAAUCCGGAGGAAACAAAGGAACUUCAAAAACAGAAGGAUGGUUCAUGGAGAAUGUGUGUAGAUUGCAGAGCAGUUAAUCAGAUCACUAUCAAAUACCGACACCCAAUUCCAAGGCUAGACGAUAUGCUGGAUGAACUAAGUGGUGCCACCAUCUUCUCUAAAAUUGAUCUUAAAAGUGGAUAUCAUCAGAUUAGGAUGCGAGAAGGAGAUGAAUGGAAGACCGCUUUCAAAACAAAGCAAGGAUUGUACGAAUGGUUGGUUAUGCCCUUUGGACUAACCAAUGCACCUAGUACUUUCAUGAGGUUGAUGAACCAUGUACUCCGGGCUUUUAUUGGUAAGUUUUGUGUGGUCUAUUUUGAUGAUAUUUUGAUUUAUAGCCAAACUUUGGAUGACCAUGUGCAACAUUUAAGGUCAGUACUUGAAACUCUCCAAAAAGAGAAACUUUAUGCCAACCUUCAAAAAUGUUCUUUUUGCACUAACAAGCUUGCCUUCUUAGGAUUUAUUGUAAGUUCACAGGGACUUGAAGUAGAUCCGGAAAAGAUUAAAGCAAUUCAAGAUUGGCCGAGACCUACAUCAAUAAGUCAAGUCAGAAGUUUCCAUGGACUUGCAAGUUUUUACCGGAGAUUUGUACCCAACUUUAGUUCUAUUGCCUCUCCCUUAACUGGGGUAAUUAAAAAGAAUUCCACCUUUGAAUGGGGCAAAGAACAAGAAGAAGCAUUUAUGGCCAUUAAGGAUUGUUUGACUAAAGCACCACUUCUGGUACUUCCUAAUUUUGAUAAAACUUUUGAAAUAGAAUGUGAUGCUUCUGGAGUUGGUAUAGGUGCCGUUUUGACUCAAGAAGGACGACCAGUUGCAUACUUUAGUGAAAAGUUAAGUGGUGCUUCACUAAACUACCCCAUUUAUGACAAAGAGAUGUAUUCUCUUAUAAGAGCUUUAGAAACAUGGCAACACUAUCUAUGGCCCAAGGAGUUUGUCAUCCAUACUGAUCAUGAGGCAUUGAAGCAUAUUAAAGGCCAACACAAACUCAACAAACGACAUGCCAAGUGGGUAGAAUUUCUUGAAUCCUUUCCAUACGUCAUUCAUUACAAGAAAGGAAAAGAGAAUGUUGUUGCAGAUGCCCUUUCACGAAGGUAUGUUCUUCUUAACACUUUGGAUUCUAAGUUACUUGGAUUUUCUUUCCUUAAAGAUUAUUAUGUUAAUGACCAUGAUUUUGGAGAGAAAUACAAGUCUUGUGAAAAAGGUGCAGUGGAGAAAUUCUAUAGACAUGAUGGUUAUCUAUUCAAGGAAGAAAGGCUGUGCAUUCCACAAGGUUCCUUUCGAGAAGUAUUGGUACGAGAAGCACAUGAAGGAGGACUCAUGGGGCAUUUUGGAAUUGGUAAGACAUUGGCAAUCUUGAAAGAACAUCUCUACUGGCCUAAGAUGAAAAGGGAUGUUGAAAGGAUUUGUCAUAGAUGCAUCGUUUGCAAAAAGGCUAAGUCGAAGGUCAUGCCUCAUGGACUUUACAUACCUCUUCCCAUUCCUACAGUACCAUGGGUUGAUAUUUCCAUGGAUUUUGUGAUGGGUUUGCCAAAAACAAGAAUGGGCGAGAUUCUAUAUUUGUGGUGGUUGACAGCCACAAAAACUUCACCAUUUGAGGUAGUGUAUGGAUUCAAUCCCUUAACUCCUUUAGAUCUUCUCCCUCUACCCCAAGAACAAAUGGUUAACAAGGAUGGCAAGAACAAGGCUGAGUUCAUCAAGAAAUUACAUGAACAAGUUCGGAACAAUAUUGAGAGAAGAACAAAACAGUAUGAGCAACAAGCCAACAAGGGACGAAAACCACUCCAUUUGGAAGUUGGAGAUUGGGUAUGGUUGCAUUUGCGAAAAGAAAGGUUUCCUACUAAAAGGAAAUCUAAGCUUUUACAAAGAGGAGACGGUCCUUUCCAAAUCAUUGAGAAAAUUAAUGACAAUGCAUACAAGUUGGAUCUUCCCGGAGAAUACAAUGUAAGUGCCACCUUCAAUAUAGCAGAUCUAUCUCCAAUCAAGGAUGAUGACAAUUUGGGGACAAAUCGCUUAAAAGAAGGGGGGGAUGAUGUGAGUUCACCAACGCUACCUUCAAAGGAUAUGGAAGUAAUGCCACAAGGACCAAUAACUCGAUCAAGAGCCAAACUAUUCAGGGAAUUGCAGGAAUUUGAGGAUAUGUUUCCUGAGGAAAUUCCCGAUGGAUUACCACCGAUUAGAGGAAUUGAACAUCAAAUUGAUUUCAUUCCUGGAGCCACCAUUCCUAAUAGACCAGCAUAUAGGAGUAAUCCUGAAGAAACAAAGGAAUUGCAAAAACAAGUCAAAGAACUCCUAAACAAAGGUUACAUUCGAGAAAGCUUAAGUCCAUGUGCUGUCCCCGUUUUGUUGGUACCAAAGAAAGAUGGAACUUGGAGAAUGUGCGUGGAUUGUAGAGCAGUGAAUCAAAUCACUAUCAAAUAUAGGCACCCUAUACCUCGGUUGGAUGAUAUGCUUGAUGAACUUAGCGGGGCCAAUAUCUUCUCCAAAAUUGAUUUGAAAAGUGGCUACCACCAUAUAAGAAUGAAGGAAGGUGAUGAGUGGAAAACUGCGUUCAAAACCAAACAAGGUUUGUAUGAAUGGUUAGUCAUGCCUUUUGGCUUGACUAAUGCCCCUAGUACCUUUAUGCGUUUAAUGAAUCAUGUCCUUCGGCCUUAUAUUGGCUUUAUUGUAAGUUCACAGGGAUUAUCAGUGGAUCCAGAGAAGAUUAAGGCAAUACAAGAAUGGCCAAAACCGGUUAAUCAUAUCAAAGGACAACACAAACUCAACAAGAGACAUGCCAAAUGGGUUGAAUUUCUUGAGUCUUUUCCCUAUGUCAUCCACUAUAAGAGAGGAAAGGAUAAUGUCGUGGCAGAUGCUCUUUCACGCAGGUAUGUCUUACUUAACACUUUGGAUUCCAAACUUCUUGGUUUUUCAUUCAUUAAGGAACAUUAUGCUACUGAUUUGGACUUUGGAGAAAGGUAUAAGUUAUGUGAAACAGGUGCUCAUGAUAAGUAUUAUCAGCAUGAUGGAUAUCUUUUCAAAGAAGGACGAUUAUGUAUUCCACAAGGUUCCAUAAGAGAAGUGUUAACCAAAGAAGCACAUGAAGGAGGACUCAUGGGACACUUUGGAGUUGAAAAG